ACGUGAUUUCUAGAAUGUGCGGUGGGUGUAUAUGUAGCGGGUCGCCACAAAGCGUACACUAAUCGAGGAGGUGUCCGAUUAGGUUGUUCACUUUGUCUUCCGCCAAGCAGGGCCACCUGGCGCCACUUCUAGAAGCUACUGACAGCUUCGCGUCUCAAACUCCUGGCUGUGGCUUCACCACAGCCACUUCCGCUGCCGAUGAAACACGAGGAACACUCAGUCAACGGUUCUCAGCAGUUGUGGCGAACUAGGCAGAAACUAGGAGCUUCUUCCAGAAUGCUCGUGCAUCAAUGUCGAGGCCCGGGAGGGCCAAGUUGUUCACCGAAGUCGUAGCUUCUGGCGGACUCGACGAAGAUCUACAGUGAGACCGUCUUGCCAACGACGAGGUUUCGCGAAGGUGGUGGAAAGCACCGCCCGCAGUGCCCAAGGUGUAUAUAAACUCCUCGAGCGAACGCUGACAUCGCAUCCGUCUCGUUUCCAGUCCUCAGACUCCCGCUGAACAGCGCUCACACGCGAUACGUUCCACAGCAGACGAGCAAACCGCUUUCGCCAGCACCUCCGAGAUUGUCCCAGCUAGACUCUCCGAAAAUGGCUCUCUUCUCGCACGGAUUGUACGACCAAGACCCCAGCUUCACUCCGCUCUUCCGCCUCCUGGACGAGUUCGACAAGUACUCCCGCGAGGCCCGCGGCAGCAGCGAGCGUCCCCGUCACGGAGGCCGCAAUCGUGCCAGCACCUUCAACCCCAGGUUUGAUGUGCGUGAAACGGACAGCACUUACGAGCUGUACGGCGAGCUCCCCGGCAUCGACCGCGACAAGAUCAACAUCGAGUUCACGGACUCGCAGUCCCUUGUGAUCCGUGGUCGCGCCGAACACACCUACGGCGCGACCGUCGAGAACGGCGGAGCGCACGACCAGCCCAAGGAGCCGACCGGCAGCGGGGAAGAGUCGAGCAGCCAGGAGAAGACCAAGCGCCCUUUCGAGAAGUUCUGGGUGCGGGAACGUCCCGUCGGCGAGUUCGCUCGCGCCUUCAACUUCCCCAGCCGCGUCGAUCUGGACUCAGUCUCGGCUAGCCUGAACAACGGCGUGCUCAGCCUCGUUGUCCCCAAGGCCAAGAAGCACGAGGUUCGGCGCAUCACCAUCGCUUGAGGUGUCCCUUGCUCUCGCAAUCGACGCUUCGUUUUCCCGACACUCCUGCAAUGAGGUGAAGUCGAGAGAUUUCGAGUUCGUGGUUGCUUGUGGCUAGCAGGGGAACUGUUUCAAACCGUCAACAGAAUGAUGUCAUUUGGCCUGGUUGAUGUACUUCUCAGGGGCG